GAGUGGUGUUCUGCUCCAGUGCGACCCACAGACUGGUGCGACCCCUAUCUGCCAGAGCUCGACACUCCAAAUGGAGGAGAGGAGGAGAAGAAGAAGAAGAUGCUGCCGUCCCUCGUCCCCAACCUAAGUAUUUUAACGCUUGCGUGAAUAUGCAGUCAUUUUGAAACGUCCCUGUGUGACAUAUUCAGCUAUCGUGGCGCUCUGUUUGGGUCGUUCAGGAUGACGAUGGCGUCCCAGUGCACGGAGCAAACCGUGCAGGAGUUCCUGAUGGAGAGAGGAGGGAGGGUCCAACAGAUGGAGCUAAUCAAUCAUUUCCUAUCAGUUUCGGGGCAAAAUGACCAGUCAAAGGAAGAUUUGGAUCGCGAGGCGCUAAAAUGCAUCGUGGACAACGUGGGUUUUGUAAAGGUGGAAAACGGUGUAAAAUUUGUUUGUUUAAACCCUGAAGGCAGCGCGGAGUCAGUGAUGCGUACUGACACAGGCGGCCACGAUCCUGUGGAGUGCAACGGUAACAUCCAGGAGACACUGGACAACAACUAUGUCAACGGCAACCCUGACAACGGAGACCGAACAGGAGCAUCCAGAAUUUUAGCAACCAGCAUGGACAAUGACACACCAUCUAAGGGUAAUAAGCAACAUGCGCCCCCCUUCCAGAAUAAUAAGACCAGUACAGUGACUCCUACCUCUGGAGGAGGAGGGGAGGUGAAGCUGAGGGAGAGGAGAAGGCGGGAGUCAGCCCCAGUCAUUGGGAUGGCAGAUCUGGACCAGGCUCACCCUGCAGGGUCCCACAACCAGCAGGUGAGAGGGGCCCGCAGGGUGUCCAAAGGGUCCCAGCGGGCCUUGCUGACCAGCUGUCUCUCUGAAGACAGCGCCUUUGAAGGAUUGGAACCUGUUGGCGAUAUCAACACACCGAAGGGAAGUCGCAGGAACUUCAUAGAGCUGAUGAUGAAUAGUUCUCCUCAGGUUCGGCGGUCUCUGAUCAACCGUGGUUCACGCCUCUGGGAUUCAGUGAGGAGCGAUGGAGAUUCGGCAUCGCUCCUCUCGUCAGCCACUGAUGAGGACUGUGCCUCAGUGACCCUGGACCCGCUGGAACACGAGUGGAUGCUGUGCGCCUCAGAUGGCCUGUGGGAAAGCCUGCAGCCCUUGCUUGCUGUGGAACCUAGCCUAGUAGCCAAGAGAGACUUUGUGACUGGCUUUACUUGCCUCCACUGGGCGGCGAAGCAAGGCAAAGCUGAGCUGCUCUCCCGGCUGAUGGCGUUCGCCAAGGAGAACACUAUACCUGUGAAUGUAAAUGUGAGAUCAAGUGCUGGAUACACACCGCUACACCUGGCAGCUAUGCAUGGACACACACAGGUGGUCCGUGUGCUGCUGUCAGACUGGGAGGCGGACCCUGAGGCUCGAGACUACAGCGGGAGGCGAGCCAUCCAGUACCUGUCGCCACCGCUGGCGGCUGACCUGCAGGAGGAGGGAGUGGUUACCUCACCCGGAGCUGAGACAGACAACGAAAACAUAAACAGCGGGAGUAGCGGAGGGCGCGGCUGGCGAUUUCCCAGAGUCCUCCAGGGCAAUCUGAACCCACUGCGGCUCCUGAACCCACCCGCUGAGGCGACAGAGGACGGAGAUGUGACCGGCGGGAGGACCAAGGGGGGCGUGCAGAGGAAGUCAUCUCUGAGCCGGCUGAACGCCCGCUUGCACCGAGGACGCCACCGAGCCCAGAUCAUCCACAGCGCAUCCUUUAGGGACGCGGGCGAGGUGGCAAGAGGAGAAGAGCUUCCCAUGAGCCCUCUCCGAACCCGACCACUGUCCAACCUGUUUGGAUGAAGAAACACAACUCUUAGGUACAAACCAUGUGUUGAUUUACAAAAUGCAGUUUUCUCACCUUUUAUAAGCUGACAGGUCAGACAUUUUUAUGAACAAAAUUAACAGCACACAUUCUAAUAUCUAGUGUUACACUGAUUUUGACAUUUUAUUAUUAUAGGAUUUGAUAACUACAAAUGUCUGUUUCUCUAAAACACGAACUUAUUUCUGUUCCAACUGCAGUUAUUAAGCAUAUCACUGAGGGCAGGUCGCAGUUCAUGUAGCAUCUUUUUUGCUACAACAGUUCAUUGAGUUAAAACUGAAUUACCGCUCUGUGAAUUGCUUUUGAACUUGUUUUUUCUAUAAUGUUCCUAGGCUCUGUUUUUAGAGCAGGUAGCAGACAUUACACAAGUUUAUUUGUUUUUAUUUUAUUUUUUAUUUAAUACUCUACGCUAGAAACAAUGUUCACAGAAAGGCAAGAGCAACAGGCUGGAUUUUUUUCAGGUUUUCACUUUAGAUUUGACUCACAGUGGUGACGGAUUUGAGAAUAGCACUUAGGUUUGAUUCCACACAGUUAUCUACAACCUUGUUUUUGUUUUGCAGAGUAAAGUAAUAUAUUCAAAGAAAUCAUUUUAUAUAUUUCAACCUUCUUUGACUGUUUUUUUUUUUUUAAUACGUACAUUUCUGUAAUGUGAAUCUUUAUUUUUAAGUACCAGAUUUUAAUAUUCAAAGAUUCUUGUAUGUACAACCAUGUACAGUUAUGUCAUGUUUGCACUUGUCACUUUGAAAAUAGUUUGUAAUUACUGGAGGAAACUGCUCCAACUAAAACAAUGACAGCUGUUAUUGUUCCCAUGUCAUAUGUAUAAGUUCAUAUUGUGUACACAAUACAAGAAGGUGAUCAAAUUGUUACACAUUUUGGUUGUUUAAAUGCACCUUUGUAAGUGUACAAAUUAUUUUUAAUUUGUAGCUAUACCUUCCUUUUCAGUUGAUUAAUACUCAAAACAACAAAGGCUAACAUGGCUAUAGUUAGAUCCAAGUAAGACACUUAUCAGUUACACAGUAGGACUGUUCCACAGGGUGAAAGCACACAAAGAACUGAUGUUUUUCUACUGACUGUAAUGUACCUCAAAUCCUCUGAGCCUGGUCACUUGUUACAUUGCUUCAUUGUGGGGGAGUUUAAGCACUAUGGGCCUCUUUCUAUUUAAUAAAUUGCCUGCAUAGCUCUAA